CCUAUUGGCUGUUUGUCUGCGCGAGGUUGGAGAUUAAGGUAACAAACAUUGACCAGCGAAAUAAUGAGAAGAGUUUAAGGUCGGAGCAGCUACACACGUACAGGACCAUCUCUUCACCAGAUACAAGCUGUUGGACUUUGUUGCUAUUGUUACAUGACGGAGAAACAGCCCUUAGGAGACACACCUACAACAGUCUGCUCCUCAAGCAACUACAACUCUGGACCGACCGAAGCAAUGGAUCCUGCCUUGGAAAACAACACGAAUAUGGCGACGUCGCGCCAAAGUUUUUUUUUUACCUGACAACUUAACUGAGUUUACCAGCUCAACUGGAAGUACAAGUGUGCUAAAAGAUUCAGCCAUCCCGUCAGUCGGCAUCCCGAAAGCGGACAUUUUUCUACACGGGUGAUGGACCGGCUUCCUGUAGUGGUGGUCCAUGGGGGCGCAGGCAAUAUUCCAAAAGAGCGAUCAGACAAGUCCCGUUCUGGGGUUUGCUCAGCUGCGCGAGCUGGGUAUGUUAUCUUACAAAAGGGGGGCAGCAGCAUGGAUGCUGUAGUCGAGGCCGUGACCCAGCUGGAGAAUAACCCCAUCUUCAAUGCAGGAUGUGGGUCAGUGCUGACCGCUGGUGGGGAGGUGGAGAUGGAUGCUAUUGUGAUGGAUGGAAAAACUCUGGCUAGUGGUGCAGUUUCUGCUGUACGCAAUAUAGCCAAUCCUGUUCAGCUAGCAAGGCUGGUUAUGGAAAAGACGAGUCAUAUCUGUCUGACAGCACAUGGUGCAAAUCAGUUUGCUCGGGUCAUGGGCAUCCCAGAGGUCCCCCAAGAAUCCCUCAUCACUGAAUACUCCCGAAUGCGUUGGAAAAAGAACCUGGCACCUGAUGCCAACCCUGUGGAGUGCCAAAUGGGAAAGAUGGGAACUGUUGGAGCUGUGGCAGUUGACAUCGAUGGCAAUGUAGCGUGUGCAACCUCUACUGGUGGGCUUCUCAAUAAGAUGGAAGGACGUGUUGGUGACACAUCCUGCAUAGGGUGUGGAGGAUAUGCUGACAAUCAGGUUGGAGCAGUGUCAACCACAGGCCAUGGGGAGGCCAUUAUGACCGUUACACUUGCCAGACUCAUCCUGUUUCACAUGGAGCAAGGUCAAUCAGUAGAGGCAGCCAGCGACUUGGCCCUGGCUUACAUGAAGUCCAGAGUGCAGGGACUGGGCGGUGUGGUGACAUUGGAUCCUCAGGGUCACUGGGCCGCUCGCUGCUCCAGUCGUCAACUGGCAUGGGCUGCAGUCCAGAAGGACACGCUACACUACGGCAUAAACAGCGGGGAGCACUUUACCCAAGGCCUUGAUGAGCCCCACUGACAAAUGGAGACUAAUCACAAUCAUCUUUAACUAUGGUUUGUAAUCAUCUUUAACUUUCAUCAGAAAUCAAUUUUAACUUUCAUUAGUAAUCGUCUUUCAAGUACCAAAAGAGUGGAACAACUAGUUGCCUCUAAAUUAAAGCUAUUAUCAUAUAUAUCUGAUGUAUGACACCGAAAGACUUUCAAAGUUUGCGAGCAAAUAGAUCAAUAUAGUAUCAAUCUCACAGAGAUUCCCAAGCCAUUUUGAGAGAAAAUUAGCUAGCCAGUCACGGGCUCGUGUGAUGUAGAGGUAGGAACCGCAGACCUCUUCAUCACCAACAACUAUGCAAAUAAUGGUGACUUUGUGGGAGUCAACAACGAUUACUUUGGGAAAAAUUAUGAUCAGAAACUUAUAUUGUUGUUACUGAAUACAAGGAAGAUGAGCUACAAGUUUUAAAAGCUCUGCUACAAAGAUCCAGCUUUUGUAAAACACUAAGCAUCAUGAAGCAGUUUUGCUAAGUGCUAAACAAUAAAUACAAACUACAAACAUAAUGAAACGUUAGCUUACUGUACAAUGUCUGCUCUCACUGCGAUGACGACUGAUAGGAUGUCCAUAUCUUCCCGUUUCAAUGAAGAAUUAAUCAUGAUGCACACAAAGGGUUAACAAGGAAGUCACCCUGCAGACACUGUCUUCGGUUGUGUGUGUUGUUUCCAUCUCCGGGUAUACAUUUAAUGUCACAGAUGAACAACUUCCAGAUUAAAGGCUAAAUCCUCCUAAUAUCCA